CGGAGCCUCAGAGCGGGAUUGAUUGAGUGACUGAACCGCUGCAGGAGCAGGAGACGGCGGGAGGAUCGGAUCGUUGUAUCGGAUACUUAACAUCUCUGCUUUUACUCUACACCCGGGACAUGAACACCGUAUUUUAACCGCGUUAAAACUUCACUCUCCAGCCCAAGAUGACGGUGGAUUUUGAAGAAUGCAUUAAAGAUUCACCCCGGUUUAGGGCAAACAUCAAUGAGGUGGAGACGGAGGUUGUGGAGAUCGAGGCAAAACUAGAUAAGCUGGUGAAGCUAUGCAGUGGGAUGAUUGAAGCGGGGAAGGCGUACGUCAGCGCCAACAAGCUCUUCGUCAACGGCGUCCGAGAUCUGUCUCAGCAGUGCAAGAAGGAUGAGACGAUCUCGGAGUGCCUGGACAAGUGCAGUGAAAGCCUCCAGGAAAUCAUCAACUACCACAUGAUCCUGUUCGAUCAAGCUCAGAGGUCUGUGAAGCAGCAGUUGCACAACUUUGUGAAAGAGGAUGUUCGGAAGUUCAAGGAGACCAAGAAGCACUUUGAUCGGGUGCGUGAGGAUCUGGAGAUAGCGCAGGUGAAGAACGCUCAGGCGCCGAGGAACAAGCCUCACGAGGUGGAAGAAGCCGCCGGCACGCUCAGCAUCACUCGCAAGUGCUUCCGACACCUCGCUCUGGACUAUGUACUACAGAUCAAUGUCCUCCAGGCGAAGAAGAAAUUUGAGAUCCUGGAUGCUAUGCUGUCGUUCAUGCACGCUCAGUACUCGCUGUUCCAACAAGGCUACAACCUGCUGGAUGAGAUCGACCCGUACAUGAAGAAACUGGCUGCUGAGCUGGAUCAGCUGGUGAUUGAUUCAGCCAUGGAGAAGAGGGAAAUGGAGCAUAAACAUGCAACCAUUCAGCAGAGGACCCUCAUGCAGGACUUUUCAUAUGACGACUCUAAGGUGGAGUUCAACGUGGACGCCCCGAACGGUGUGGUGAUGGAGGGCUACUUGUUCAAGAGGGCCAGCAAUGCCUUUAAGACCUGGAACAGACGGUGGUUCUCCAUACAGAACAGUCAGCUGGUCUAUCAGAAGAAGCUCAAGGAUUCCCUGACGGUGGUGGUGGAAGACCUCCGGCUGUGCUCCGUUAAACCGUGUGAGGACAUCGAGAGGAGGUUCUGCUUCGAGGUCGUCUCCCCCUCCAAGAGCUGUAUGCUUCAAGCUGAGUCUGAGAAGCUUAGACAAUCGUGGAUUCAGGCAGUUCAAGCGAGCAUUGCCUCUGCCUACAGAGAGAGCCCCGACACCUACUAUAUAGAACAUCUGGACAGAACAGCCUCUCCGUCCACCAGCAGCAUCGAUUCGGCCAGCGAGCCGCGGGAGCGCAUUGCCCGAGGGGAGACCAUCCUGCAGCGGAUCCAGUGUCUGCCGGGGAACGAGCAGUGCUGUGACUGCGGCCAGGCCGACCCUCGCUGGGCCUCCAUCAACCUGGGCAUCCUGCUGUGUAUCGAGUGCUCCGGAAUCCACAGGAGCCUCGGAGUUCAGUGUUCGAAGGUCCGCUCACUCACACUGGACUCGUGGGAACCAGAAUUAUUAAAGUUAAUGUGUGAGCUUGGAAACAGCGUCAUCAACCACAUCUAUGAAGGCUCAUACCAAGAACAAGGUCUAAAGAAACCGCUGCCGUCCAGUUCCAGGCAGGAGAAGGAGGCUUGGAUUAAAGCAAAGUACGUGGAGAAGAAAUUCCUGAAGAAGCUGGGCUCCACAGAGAUACUCAUCAACGGAGAGAGGAAGUCGGAGCGGCGGUGGAGCGUGAAGAAGUGUCGGAGACACAACAGUGCCACCACGGUUCCUAAAACACGGCGAAGAUACCGACAAGACCCCGGAAGCAUCUCCCCGUCCACCCUCUCCUCAGCAGCUGCUAAGUUCAGACGAGACUCCCUGUUCUGUCCCGAUGAGCUGGACUCUCUCUUCUCCUACUUUGACACAGGAUCCGGGCCUCGAAGCCUAAGCAGUGACAGCGGGUUGGGAGGCAGCACAGAUGGCAGCACGGACAUCCUGGUGUUUGGCUCAGUGGUGGACAGCGUCACGGAGGAGUGUGAGGUGUCGGAGGACUCGAGUGGUGAAGCUGAGCCGGAGACGUCCGACCCGGAGGACAUCAGGGUUCUUCAUCCCGGAGCGCUGCUCUGCAAAGCCUCGAAAGCCCGCAACCUGCCCGUCAUGGCUGAAGCACUAGCCCACGGGGGGGACGUCAAUUUGGUCAACGAAGAGGACGAAGGAAAGACGCCCCUCAUACAGGCCGUGAUCGGGGGUUCACUGAUCGCCUGCGAGUUCCUGCUCCAGAACGCUGCUGACGUCAACCAGCGGGACGCCAGAGGGAGGGGCCCGCUGCAUCAUGCCACAUAUCUGGGACACACGGGGCAGGUGUGUUUAUUCCUGAAACGGGGAGCUACACAGAACGACGGGGAUGAGGAUGGCCAGGACCCUUUGAGUAUAGCAGUACAGCAAGCCAAUGCAGACAUAGUCACACUGCUGCGUCUGGCCAGGAUGAACGAGGAGAUGCGGGAGUCGGAGGGACCCUUUGGACAGCCAGGUCAUUACCCAAUCAGCAGCCCCACAGAGCAACAGUAUAAGAAAUGCAUUCAGGAGUUUAUCUGUCUCACUAUAGCAGAGUGCUAGAAUCAAGUCCAGUCAGUUUUACACUACAGUGUAGAGCCAGUGCAGGGGGUGCCAGUAGACGUGUGACUGACUGAGAGAGAGACAUGUCGGGGGGGGCCUUAAAGCUUGUUUCCUCACCAUCAGAUUAACUUCUUCUCUACAUCACAAUCAUUCGAGUGUUCCUCCCCCCCCAGCACAGUCUGCUGACUUUAGACCACAGCAGUCAGCUCCUCGCUCAGGAUCCCACAAGAACUCAGUAUUAACCUCCUUUUUCAAUGAUGUCACAUUUGAUCGACUGACUUUUGCCAAAGCUCACAAUCGAAGCAGAGUUGAGAAAUCACUGCCAGAGAAGGGUUAGCCACUUUAAAACAAAAAUGAUCCUGCGGCACUGCUGUCAAUCAAUACACGGCCAAAUACAGCCACCCGCAGUGUAUUUUGGGAACAACUUUUCAUUAUGUGACUUGAGUUGUUAUCGUAGCGCUAAUUCUUAAGGAGCUAUUUCGUGCGCCUCUUCCUUCUGGUUUGUAAAAGUCCCAUUCAUUUUUCCCCAUACACAUAGUUACGUGAGCGCUUCUGCAGCUCGGAUCAGCAUGAAACUCUCCAUCAUCAGUACAGAAGAUUAAAGACUGCAUGAAAAAGAAAAUAGGCCACAAACCUGUGUACAUAAACACUUUUUGGGUCAAAGUAAACUACGCAAGAAAACAUCAAAUCACACUUUAAUUCAGAUGUUUAGCUCACUUUUAUUUCUUGAGCACUUUUGGGCUCAUGGGUAUUGUAGUAUUUAGAGUCGUCUGUUAUAAAGGAUGGACAAAAUUAGGAUUUCUCAGAAACAAAGUAGAGAUAAUUCAAACUUAAAGAAUGAAUUGACAAGAAAUGACAGAAUGGGAAAGGUUACUUCUGGAACCAGCAGCUGGUCCCACUUGGUGACUCCACACAGUAUUUGUAGCGCAGAUGGUAAUAAUGCCACGUACAGGACGGUGCAGACAAUUCAACUUUGCCUGUUCACGGUCAGCUAACUGCGAGCUGUUGUCCGUGCGCGUCUGAUACGAUGGAGGUGGAGCUCUUGUUGUUGUGAGGGGACAGAAGAAGAAUCAUUAGUGUAGUGAUCGAGAGACUGAAGCAAAAGCUUUUAUGUUUAAUUAAAAGCGAAAUUAUGCACUUUUUCUUACCAACAGUUAUUUUUUAGUUUUUGCUCUUUUUCAUUUUUACAUUUUUUUGGGAAUAAGUUUGAAUGGUUUUGUUUUUAUUUAUGCGUCCAGAGCAAUAGUGCAAUGAUUAUUUCAGUACAUAUAAUCUGUAUUUUUUUGUAUUAUGUUUAACAACAAUGCAGAUGGUAUUUUUUUAAGCUGGAUAUAUUUUGUUAGAUCUUAUUUUGCUGAGCACUCACACACGCAUAGCGGCAGUAUUAUAUUCUCAUCGUGAGAAAGUGACAGUUAUAUAUAACCUCUGAGUCGUUCUGCAGGACUAACUACGGUGAUAAAUCACACGAAACUAACAUGUAUUACUGUAUACACAGUAUUUCUAUGUUCAAAUGUUUGUUCAUGGUGUUUUAAUGUAUCACGAUUAGGCCGAUAUUAGAUUUGUUCUUUGUUUAUAAUGCAUGGGUGGCUGUUGCCCAGAUAUUCCUAAACCCUGUUGCUUUUGUUUACUUCUGUGCCCAGUGUAUGUGAAUAUUUGACAUUUAAUAUUGUUGAAUAAUGUUGAUGUCCAUAUUAUAUACUGCCAAAUCCUGACAAUAGUGCAUGGAAUGACAUUCAAUGGAUGCAAACAGACUAAACACCCCUCUCCCACGGUCUUCCAUUGGCUGGUUAGCUCAAAAAGAUUGAUGACAAUGAACACGGCAGACUGGCUGAUGCACAAAACUGUAUUUAAUCGUCCCGUUUAUUCUCUAAAAUGACGAGUACUUUUGGUUUGACUCCCUCGGUGGCUCACUAAAGCAAAAAUACUCCCCAAAGAUGUUGCUUGUCUUUAACAGAUGCUAUGGACUGUUGGGGUUUAGUUCAAACCAAAGACAACAGACGGUUUUUCAGAGUGCCAGCAAGUGUUUCGUUUUUUGAUUCUUUUACAAUUUCCAAAGGGACUGUGUGGAAAUGAUUCCGGUGGUUAAGAAAGUAAGACCCUGCCCAGAGUUAUUCAUAUUUAAUUUGGACCCUCUCCCCUCCUCCUGGUGGCAAGGGAGAGCUAACCGCUAACAAGCUAGGCGCAGAUAGUCACACUAGCUCACUGAGCUUCUCUCUAUGUUCUCUGAACUGUGCCGUUUACUCCCGCAGCUCGAUAGUGAAUCCACCAAAUGCUCUGGUUCCAUUGAAAGUAAUGGAUUUUUAAAGACGUGUAUCAGCAAAAAGAAAACAAAUACAUAACCCUCUUUUCGGACCCUUAACCCCCAAUCAUUUUCAGACAGUCCCUAACUUUGCCAAGACACACACACACACACAGGUCAAUUAAUUAUUUAUAUAUUUUUUUAAAGGAUGCAGCGGCGACGGAAAGAUCAGCUCACUUCCCCUUCUCGCUCGUCAGUGGUAGAUUCAAAGCACUUUGAAAAUCCAGCCUUUUCUUAUUGCGUGCAGUACUUUGUGUGGUAGCUUACAAAAGUGAUUUUACCAGAUGAUGUCAUCACUGACCAAGCGAUGAUUUGCAUCAAGCCAUUGAAGGAUUACGUGUUGUACAGUACGAUGUGUCUGCUGACUGUUGUGUAUAUAAACUAAAAACUAUUAACACUUUAACUGCUUGCUUCUAACAUGCAAUUUUUAACUUUCUUGUAUUUUUUUCUGUCUCUGACUGUUAACUGUACAAUUUCUUUGAAUAUUGUAAGAGAGCGUGAGUCUCUGAAUAUACCUGUGCAUAUUAACACUGACUGCUACCUAUGUUUGGUUUUGAUCAAUAACCCCUCCGUGUCUUCUAACAUGAAAUAAAUGGAAGAUGUGACUAAAACCUAACUUCUCCCUUUGCUUCUUGCUUCUUGCUUCUUUGCUUUGACAACCUUUCACUACGUCUAACAGCAUUAACAAACUUCUAACAUCAAGCACUGCUGGUGCACUAAUAAUAAACAUCUCUGAUGUUCACAGCAAGACAUUAUAACAUAUUUAUUGUGUAAAAGAGAAUAUCAAUAACAAGUUUGAAUAUGCAGAGAUUUUUUAAUUUUUAAUAUUUAUAAGCAGUGCAUAUAUAUAUGUGUAUAUAUAUUAUUGAUUGGUUUAAAUAACACUUUAUUAAUAACAUUUUCAAACAUGUAGUGGAGAAAAGUUCAGCAUUUGCCUUUGAAAUCACUCCACUACAUUUCUUUGAGAAUUUUAUUUACUAUUUUCUUUACAGAUUCUAAUUAAUAUUACAAAAUACAAUAAACAAGUAAAAUAUGAUGUAAUCUUAUCAAUGAAGAUAAAACUUUAUUGAUCCCCUGGGGGGGAUUUCACAACAUUUUAUUAAAACCGCAUUUAAGACGUUGAAACUUUGCUCUUGAUCUUGAAAAAAAGUAGGUUCCACUAAAUCCAUUUUAAUAUAUGCAUAUAUUAGCAGCAGUAACACAUUAUUAUUACUAUUUCCCCUGUGGUUUUUCUUUAGUUAGAUUGCCUGGGACCGUUAUAUCUGCUUAAAACCAUGUACACUUAUGUAUUUUUUAGUAUUAAAUGCAGGGUUUAAGAUAAAGAAGCCAUAUCUACUAUGAGACUUGAUCUCUCCUUCUCUUUCUCACACAUCACAUAAACAGGGAAAGUCAGGAAUGUUCAUUCCCCCCCUUUUCUUUUUUUUUAAUUAGCCAAGCCUGGGAGCUCUCAUGGGACACAAAAGAGUUCAACUGCUUUUGUUAUUCAGCGGUUACCAUGGCCACGACUAAAGUAAAAGCUCAGGAUUUGUAAAGUUGAAAGAGCUUCAUGGAGCCUCAGCCUGUUCCAUUCAUUGGGCUUUUUCUUACACAGCGCUCCUCUGCUUUCUGUUUCCCCUCGUUGCUUGUAUUCAUAUGAAAGAUGUUUCGACUGUCCAAAAGUGCUCAAUUGGCAUCAUUUUCAACAUUAUUUCCCCGUUGUUUUCUUCAUCAGGAGACGCCACGUACCUCGACAUCUUCCGAGAAUUUUCCCACAUGGCAUCCCACAACCCGGAGAAGCUGAAACGAAGGAGUGUGCACUUCCGACACUCCUUCAGGUAGUCCGGCAGUGAGCGGAGGAACAAAAAACAUGUACUUGAAAAGUGCAACAGCCACUUUCCAUAUACAGUAUAAUCACAAGUGGGGUUGUAUCAGAUCAGCAUCACAAGUAAACCUGAUAUAAAAGGAUCAUAUGUUAUCAAAUCAGUUACCCAGUCUGUUUUAUUCCACGGGGGAAAUUCACAUUUUAAGUGCAUUAAAGUGAAGAAACCAUGGCAUUGUUUUAAAGCUGUAGUUCAUUAUCAUCAAUUACAAUAGCUGCGUUAUAUCUGCAGGAGUCUUGUGCUGUUCUUAGAUCAACAUUUUAUUUUUGAAAUGAGGAUUUGCUGGUCUUUUCCUCUUAAAUGCUUUUAUGAAUAAAUAAAGCAUUGCUUUUGUACAGCGUUAGAUGAAACCUUUUGGAUGAAAUGCCAAGCACUUGUUUUGUUUAUUUGCUGUGUUUGUUUUGUGGUAUAAGUCAUUUGUUUGCUGCAUCAGUUUCAUUAUUCUGAUCAACAUUCAUCGAAGGAAUGUUUUAAGUGUGUGUAAUGCAUGCAUUUACUCCCAUUAUAUUUCAUACUUAAACUUGAAUUUAGCUUUGUUGUAUGGAUAAAGAGUUUCAUAUCAUCAGUUAUCAUCAACAACCUUGAAGUCGCAGUAUUAUGUGGUGUUUGUUUUGUUAUGAAAUGUUGUUUUUUUUACAUUGACUAUGCUGGUGUAGUCUUUGUAACAUUUUGUUUAAUUGUACUUUGCAGUACCACUAUGAAAUACAGUGCUUAUGUUACUGUAUACAUGCUGUAGAAGCAAAAAUGCUAAUAUAUCUGAAUGAACAGGAAUGCACAUGAAAGAUGAAAGAAAAAUAAACAUUGUCUGCGUUUACA